CUGUCUCAGCCAUAUUGACCAGAAACGGUAACUGCGUUUAUAAGAAACCUGCUGGUUUUCUCGCAGAACGAGGGAAAUGGGCAAGAACUGGGGCAACCAGCGACACGCCACGCGUUUAGCCAGAACCAAGGCUGAGACACACGUACCGAGACUGACAUUUCUCCCCACUCAGACGUGCGAAUGGAGCGAGGUGAUGCCUGUCUCUCUCGACUUCGCACUUCGACCAGAAUGACUUCUUCGAGCCAAAGCUGUAACGUUUGUUGAUCGCUCCGUAGCGCAUGUUUCUUGCGCAUCGAAGAGCUCAAGUUAAAGUCAAGGGACCUGCUUCUGGUUCUACGGGCAAAUGGUAACAUGGCUGGAACAUUUGUUUGGGUCAACAACUCCUCGCAUGCUCAAAGUGUCGCCAAGGCCAAAUACGAGUUUCUCUUCGGGAAGCCGGAGGAGUCGAGCUCUGCCACCAGCGUGUCAUCGACUGGAACUGAAACUCUGCCGGAUAAGGAGAGCAGUGAGAGUUUGGACGCAGAGCUUUGCCUGCAGGAUGACAGCGAGCUGGACGAGACCUCGCUCUUCCAGGAGAUCGACCGCGAGCUGGCCAGCCUGCUGAGCGGCCUCAAGGCCAGGUGUCGGGAUGCAGGCCUGGACCCACAGGACGACCUGGACGACCUGGACGACAUCUCACCACAGGCCAGCAUCGGCGGCCCCCCUUCCUCUUCCUCUUCCUCGGCCAUGAUCCCCUGCAACGGCGCCAGCGACGGGCGGACGGCCUCCGUGGCCACCCCCCCCGCCGCCGCCACCCAGAACGGCUGCUCUGAGGCCGGCCUGGUGGCAGACGAGAACGGCGGCGAGCCCGGGCGCUCGCUCCUGCAGCCGUCGGACAGCUUCAUCCUGGACACGUGGGCGGACGCGCUGGGGCAGGACUCGCUCUCGCUCGGCUCCGUCACGGAGGAACUGCAGGCGCUGAGCGCCGGGCUGCUGGCGCUCGACGGCAGGAAUGCCAGCGUCGCCGGCCAAGACAAACCGCAGCCAGCCGGCACAUCUGGAGACGAGUCUUCUGCGGUGGCCGAGGGGGGACGUCCCUCCCGUACCGAGACCCAGAACCAGACAGAGGCUGGUAUGGAGGCCCUCGGCGGAGACGGCGGGGGGCUGCUGGAGGAGUCCAGCAAGAUCCUGGCCGAGUUCCCGGUGAUCUUCACCGCCUUUCUGGACGGGGGCCAAUCGCGGGACAAGCCCCCGAAGAAGCUGCGCUUUGUGGAGAGCAGAGAGGACGGCGCGCAGGGCUCCGGCAGCGGAGCUGUGAACGGGACCGGGGGAGCAGAGGGGACGCACCGAGAGGUGCAGCCGCAGAACCCCCGCGACACCAGCCCGUCCCUGGGGGCCUCGGGGGCCAUGGAGAGGCCCCUGGUGGAGGCGCUGGAGGACGAGGUGUUCAGGGCCGUCCCCGAGGUGUGUGUGCUGAGCCCGGAGAGUGAAGCAGCGUCUGAACACAGCUCAAGGAGCGCUGAGGAGGCCAAGUCCUCGGAGGCCGAGGCCAAGAGGUCGCAGACGAGCGAAGAGGCCACCGACGUGUUCAGCUCGCAGUUCGAGAGCAUCGUGGAGUCGGACCGCCUGCGCAGCACGUUCUACAGCAGCUUGGACUCGCUGGACGCCCUCUCCUCGGCCGACGACGAGCCCGAGCCCGACCCCGAGCCCUCCUUCACCUUUGACCUGCCGCUGACCCCCAUGAUCCAGCAGCGGCUCAAGGAGAGCUCAAGCCACUUCCUGGACGGCGCGGCCGAGUUCGGGCGCCAGGAGGUGCUCAGCGUCACGGCGACCGGCAGAAGCGGCAGGGGCGCCCUGGAGAUGACCACGUCCUUUGUGGACGUGAUGGACAGCAGGGACCCGGGCUCCGUUUCCGUUUCCACGGAGACGGAGACCACGUCAAGCAGACAUUCCAGUGACGGACACUCCAGCGGACACUCUGCCGGGCCGGUGUCAAACGGAGUGGGGGACAGUGCGGGCCAAGACUCUAAAGACUGGCUGCAGGGCUGCCUGAGGUAGGACAGCGGGGGUUUGGGUCUAUUUUCCAGUGGAGUUGGUGGACGAUGGAUGUGUGCCUUAAAGGGAUAGCUCACUCAUUCUGCUCCCUCAGUUAGCCAAGCUAACACUUUAAUUGGGCUUGAUUUCCUUUUCUCUAACAUUUUAUGUUUAACAUACAACAAAUGACAAAUUAAAUACAAAUGAGACAAUGUUAUGCUAACAGAAUAGCAGUUAGCUAUCCCUUUAACAUUAAAGAGCUGAUAGAGCACUGGUCAUAUUUAUCAGUUAAGGGAAUCCCAAUCAUCCUGUUAUUGUAGGGUGUUUAAUGCUGAAGUUAUCUUGAUAUGUUUUGUUGUAUGUUGCCCCCUGCUGGAGGGAAGGAGGUGCUGCACUUGUGAUGUGAGCAAGCAGAGUGUUCACGGUUGCCUUGACUCAUCUCUCCGUGAAUGAGUGCGUGGAGUUCACUGUAUUCUCAUAAUUUGAAUGGGAAGGUAGAAGGAAGUCGUACGUACAGGAAAUGGUAAAAGAAUGUUGAAUGUAGAAUGGUUGAUUAGUUAGUCAUGUUAUAAAAAGACAGUCUUGCUUUACAGGCUGUUGCCACACUAAUAAUGUUUUUUAAGACUGCGGAUUUAGCUUGUGUCACAGAACUCUGAUGACAGUGUAGGCUGCUUCAGUAGACCAGACCCACUGUCAGCUUAGACAUCUGUUACAUGCAUUCACAUGACUCCUGCAGUAUGAACUCUGCAGAUUUUUGGAGAUUAUAAUAGUAGCUUUAUAAUAGUAGCCUCUAACUACAGUACCUUACGGUCCAUAUUUUGUGUACCUCAGUUCUAUGUAUUUCUUAUGUCGGUCACUAAUGAUACACAGCUUGAAAGCACUCAGAAGCAUUAAAAGUAGCUUUCUGAGGCCUGAAGUAGCCUAGUAUUUUAUUUUUAACAAAAUUACUAAUUCACAAGGGUAUAUUUUGUGAAAUUGUUUCAUGCAUUUGAAGUAGCCAUAUACAUUGCACUGAAUUCACUUUCUCGUUACAAAAGUACUGUUUGACUCAUAUAUUCAUAUAUAUUUCUCACGGGUCAAUCCAUCUCAAAUUAGACUAAGUUAAAGUAUUCAUGUCAUGAAGGGACCUUCUAGCAUCAGGAUUGGAGCUCUUGAUUUUAAAACUAAAAGCAGUCAUUUGAAGUGUGGUGUUGGAAAAUCCAAGGGUGUUAUGGCGACCUCUACAGUCCAAAACAUGUUACACAUCUUCAGCAAGAUGCUUAAUUACAGCUCAUAAAAAUUACAUGAGGUUUGACAUAUUUUAUAAAGGGUUUGAUUUAUGUUAGCUUUGCUUUGCAAUAUCACAUUCCAUUUAAGUCCUUACUCAUUAAAGAGCGCUUAAUUCAGCAA